UUGUUUUUAUAAGCGUAUUCGCAUCCUUUACGCCGCACGAGACAUAGCUAAGCCACCCCCAACCUUCAACUCAACCAUUCCACUCACUCACGUCGCCCUCAUCUACUGGUAUUUGGUUGCACAGCGCUUAUCAGACAUCCCAAGUGGUAUUCGAAAAUAUACACAUUCGAAUUCGAAAAAUACUUGCUCCAUCAACAAUUGGCGUACACUACGUUGCCUCUGUAGCAUCCGACGCAUGAAAGUUUUGUACGAAUCAGUAUGUGACCGCAACUCGGAGUGAAAAGUAGUGAAAAAGUAUGAAAUGCAACAUAAAUUUAGCUUCACGUUAGCUGAGUGUUCGAUUAAAGAGUGUGAGGAUGUGUGUUAGGGAUUUUGCAACCCCCAAAUGCGCACACCAAACCCCUUUUGACUCCAUUUGAUAUACACAGGCUACAGUGAACGGGCGACUUGGGACUCGCCUUGCAGACAAGGACGUUAAUUUGUGGAAAAAGAAAUUUCAAUUUUUUAAAAAGCCAGACAAGUGAAUAAAGUAUCGUGUGAAAUAAGGAGAUUUAAACUUUUAUAAAGAAUAAUUUAUAAAUAAAAUGGCUGAUGCCAAAGGGCAAUACCAAAAGUUGCCGCCCGGCUGGGAUUGCAAAUAUGAUCAAGCAACGGGAAAUUGUUACUACAUAAAUUAUUUUACAAAGGCCAUGCAGCUGGAAGACCCGCGAGGACGUUAUAAGCAAUUGCAAAAUGAGCGUUGCUCCACCGAGUCCAUACCGAUGCAGCCAAUGCACGGCUCACCCUAUCAUGUGUAUCCAAGCAACAACUUGACUGCGGUGCGUGCCUUUCAGGCCGGUCCUGGCAACAACACAAGUUUGCAUAACAUGUCAUCCAGUCCGCUGCUGUCUUCUCGCGGGAAUUUGGAGUUAUCGCCGUUACUCUUGCCACGUUCUUCGCUGACGCAAACGCCACGCUUGGGCAACAUGUCGCGGCGCUCAACCAUACAGGAGACCUCCUUCACCAACCCGAUUGAUACGGACGCGGUGGUUAAUAAAAUACAGAACAUGUUUCCCACUGCCAGCGAGGAUCACAUACGUUUGCUGCUUAAAAAAUACUACAAUCGCGAAGCUGUUGUCAUAAGCGCCCUGCAAGUGGAAAAACAUCCGGUCACCAUGCCAGGCCCCUAUGUAACGCCGCCUGCCCAACGCCAUUUGUAUCACAGUAACACCGUUUUUCAUUUGACACCACCAGCGCGCCGUUUGGACAAGGGUAUGGUAGCGCCACGCAAUGCGGUGGGACCUUUUGGCGGUCUCAAUGGCAGCGUUGCAUUUGGCGGCACCUCGCGUACUGCCAGUCCGAUUCCGGGCGGCCGUUUUGGUAGUGUCACAAGCGUACAUGGUGGCGUUGGUGGCGGCGGUGGCGGCGGUGGUGGUUAUAUGGCUGCAGCUGCCGCCGCGGCCAUGCCGUUUCAUCAGGGCUCACCGCGUUUCGAACAAUGGCGCAGCUCACCGAAGCCGCACACGUCACCAAAGAUGAAAUUGAGAUAUAUGAAAACGAUAUUCCCCAAAGCAGAUGAGAUGGUACUCCUGGACAUACUUGCAAGCUCUGAUAACAAUGUACAAACUGCUUCGGAGAAGCUCAUUUCCAUGGGUUAUACAAAACGCGACUUUAUACCACCAAAAACAACACCUCGCGCCGAUCAUGAAGUUGGCGCACAUGCCGCAACAGCUGCUAAGCGGACGGGCGAUGAGACCAUUAUACCCUUACGUCCCAAAGAGUUCACUGCGGCGGAAAAGGAAGCAAUACAAGCGCACAUGAAGGAGAAAUAUCCACUAAUAGCCGAACGCAUUAUACUCAUGGCAUUGGAGUCGGUCAACUAUGCUGAGGAUCGCGCCAUGCAAAUUCUGCACAUUGUGCACGAAGAGGAUGAAUUGCAUGCAAAGAAAAAUGCUGCCACUGCUGCUGCUGCUGCUGGUCCGGGUGGCGAUGUGGCACUGCAAUCCCUUGAGGGCGCUAGUGCUGCAGAGAUACUGAGUGCGGGCCACGAUGGGGUUGAUGCUGACGACAGCAUCAUCACAGUGAUCGUAAAAACACCGUUAAAUAGCUACAUCGAUGAUAAAAAUGCUUCUGCAAAGAGUGUCCCAUCAUUGACAUCAUCACCACCUAUAUCAUCAUCGCCACCAAACUCAUCAUCCUCAUCAUCAUCAACAUCAUCAGCACCACAACUACCAAAUGGCGCCUUGAAGUCCUCUACUAAAAUCAAAUCCAACAGAAAUAUUGGCAAAAAAGUAGCAUUUCCCUCCAUAAAGUUAACCACGCCCACUACAACCACCACACAGAUCAUACUUUCGAAUUCCACCAAAUGCAUGGAGCGCAACAUGAAUGCAUCUGCGGAAGUAUCAAUGCCAACUGCACCAGUGGUCUCAUCAAACAAUUCUACUGCAAUCAUUCAUACAUCCGUUUCACCAUCGUCUUACUCAAAAAUGUCACCGUCCAAAACCCUUAAGGGACUACAUAUAUCGUCUGAAUUGCCAUCAACUUCCUUUACCUCUGUCACUGCCUCUUCAUCCUUCAAUUCCAUCUCAGGUGCAUAUGAAAAAAUCACAACCAAAAACAUACUGGCGCGUUGCAAUACAUAUACCUCUGGCGUCCAGGGAUAUCUGAAUGGCACGAAUUCCAAUAAACAUACAGCCACCACAGCCUCAGAUGCUUCCACUUCGACUUCUAUUUUGGAGAAACUGAAAUUGACGCGCUCACGUGAAAAGACUGAUCCACUGAAAGAUGAUAUUCAACAAAGUGUAACAGACGGUUUGGGUAAAUAUAAACAGCGUAAAGAUUUCAAAUCGAUUGUAGGCCGCAUAACCACCACAGGGCACAGCGCAGAUUUGGCUAAAGGCGCCGACGAGAGCUUAUUGCUCGCGGAUUAUGUGACCUGGAAUGGCGCUAAUCCCGAUAUGCCACAUGGCAGUAAUCAAAAGCUUUUGGCGCAUGGACCUGAUGCUGGAAAGUUAGGGGAGCGCAGCUACGCACCCAUUGGACAUAAUACAGAGCUUUGCAAAGGUGCACAAAAGGGAUUGGCAAAAGGCAGUAUAUAUGGUCAGCUCGCUGCGGCUGAUAUUAAAUGCAAUUAAUGGAGAGCAAAUCAAGUCUUAGCGAUUAAAACAUCAUUUGAUCUUAUUGUAUGUAUGCUUGUGUGCCAAUGUAGUUAAAACCCUAUUGAAAACCACAGAAAAUUUUUCUAAUAAUAAUUUUUUAUUUCUUAAAUGUUUAACUAUGCUUUUAAUAUUUAUGUGAUGCAUUAGCAUUAUUCGUCCAUUUAAUAAUAGUUUGAAAUAGAUUUUAAAAACUACAAUUUUUUCAACUCCAUUUGAAAUCUCAAAUUAUAUAAAUUCAUACAUACAUAUAAGCACUCUGAUAAGAUUGAGAUAGAAAAUACUAAUAUAAUGCACAAAAAUUAAAUUCAAAGCAGAAAAUUGAUGCUUAUAAACAAAUACUCUUAAAACUAUCGUAUUUACGUAAUUUUUGGAGAAUAUGUUGUCAUUGAGACAAUUAGUAAGAAGUUAAGUGUGUAUGUAUACAGUAUAAUUAUUGAAAAUGUAUAUUUUUUCGAAAACUGUACUUUUAAUAAAGAACCUAAAAAUUUA